AGUUUCCCCCCGCAGGAAUGGGGGGUCCCGGCUGCUGGGAGUGGGACUGAAGAAAACUCCGCCGGUCCCCCCCCCCAACGCAGGAAGGAUGAAGCUGCCCCUGGCGUGCUUCCGGCUCCAGGUCCUCGGGGCCGCCCUGGCCGUGUGCAUGACCAUCGGCUUCACCCUCCAGCUGCUGGGGGCGCCUUUCCAGCGGAGGGGCUCCCCGGACCAGCUGCCCGACUUGCGGCUGCUCCCUGGGGGUGGGGCUGAGGAGGGGGGCCCCUCGCCCUCCCGGCCCUGCCUGCCGCGGCGCCACAUCGUCUUCCUGAAGACGCACAAGACGGGCAGCAGCACCAUCGUGAACCUGCUGCACCGGUUCGGGGAGACGGGGCUGCGCUUCGCCCUGCCCCCCCGCUACCAGUUCGGGUACCCCUACCCCUUCCAGGCCCGGCGGGUGAAGGGCUACCGGCCGGGGGGACCCAGCUUCGACAUCCUCUGUCACCACAUGCGCUUCGACCUGCCCGAGGUGCAGAAAGUCAUGCCCCCCGACAGCUUCUACUUCUCCAUCGUGCGGGACCCGGGGUCGCUGGCCGAAUCCGCCUUCUCCUACUACCGGGGGGUGGCGCCGGCCUUCCGCCGGGCGGGCUCGCUGGCCCAGUUCCUGGAGGCGCCCGUGCGCUUCUACGACCCGGCCGAGCGGGGCAACCACUACGCCCGCAACCUGCUGUGGUUCGACUUCGGGCUGGCGCCGCCGGCCUCGCCGGGCCCCGAGGCCGUGCAGGCGGCGCUGGCCCGGCUGGACCGGGCCUUCCCGCUGGUGCUGCUGACGGAGCAUUUCGACGAGUCGCUGGUGCUGCUGCGGGAGGCGCUGUGCUGGGCGGAGGAGGACGUGGACGCCUUCCGGCACAACGAGCGCAGCCCCCGGGCCGUGCGGCCUCUGGCCCCCGCCCAGGCCACCCAGCUGCGGGCCUGGAACGCCCUGGACUGGCAGCUCUACUCCCACUUCAACCGCAGCUUCUGGCGCCAUGUGGAGGCCUUCGGGCCGGCCCGGCUGCGGGCCGAGGUGGCCAGGCUGCGGGAGCGGCGCCGGGAGCUGGCCAGGCGCUGCCUGCAGGGCGGGGGCCCCAUGGAGGCGGCCGGCAUCCCCGACGAGCGGAUCCGCCCCUUCCAGUUCGGCCAGGCGCAGAUCCUGGGCUACGCGCUGCGGCCGGGGCUGGGGCCUGUCGACCAGCAGCUCUGCACCCGCCUGGUCACCCCCGAGCUGCAGUACAAGGACAGGCUGGACGCCCGACAGUUCGGGGCCAACGGCUCGGCGGGCGCGCCUGGAGGGGCGGGCAGGUAGCUGGGGGCCGCCUCUCCCCACCCCCUCCACCCGGUACGGACCCCCUGCCCCAGAAGGAUGGGGGGGACGCGGUACAUACCCUCGUGGGGACCCCACAGAUCUGGCCCCCCGGCACAGACACGGGGAGAUAUGGGGCACAGCCCCCUGGCACAGACAGACGGGGGUUCAAUGGGGCACAAAACCCCCUGGGAUCCCCCAAUAUCCUGGCUCCUGGUAUGGACAGACGGAGCUGGGACAAUGGGUACAGCGCCCGGGGGGCUGAGAGCCAUCAAACCAAACUGUAAACCCUGCACACUUCAAGCUGGGGGGGCUGCCGCAGCCCCCCCCUUGCUCCAGCUCCGAUGUCUCCGGGCUCCACCUGGACAAUAUUUAUUGGUCUGUUAUCACAGGCCUGUAACUGGGCAGCGGGUGCCCGGUGAGGUCUGUACUCGGCAGGGGGGGGAUCCUUGGUACCUCUCUCCUCCCCCCGCCCGCCCCUCACCACCACACUGCGUUUGUUAAAUUCCCGGCUCAACGGUUCCCGCUUUCGCGUGGUUUGUUUCCUUUUGAUAAAGUUAUUAAAUCAGGAAACGGGUCUGGCGAUUAU